AUUACAAAAUGGCGGGUUUUGCUAAAGAUUUGGUUUAGUGCUGUAUUAUUUUCGACGAUUUCUCUCUUGUCUGGAUAACAACAUGGCUUCAAAGGGUACCGAAGGUUUCGGAAACAUCGCGUGGUGGGGUUUUAGUCCUGCACAGGACUUACAAGACUUGGGAAAGGAGCUGAGACUGGAAAAAUUGACGCUUUCAGAGUCCGCCGAAUCUUCGAGAGAUCUGAAUGUUUUGCUGGUGGGAGCUGGAGACUGUAGACACAUUUUGAAGACCAUUGCUCAGUCUUACAGGUGGCACAGAAGGAAGAUCAACUUCUAUGUCGUAGAGAACCAGUUGGAGUUGUUACUGAGACACCUGUUGUUACUGCACAUCGCUCUGGAACCUCCGGCCAGGAUGGGGCUGCAGGAGAAAACUGAGUUGUACCUGGAGGUUUUUGGAGAUGCACUUGUACGAGAACAGACAGCUGACUACAUCAGAACCAAGGCUACAGACUUCAUAAAACUCAUCACAGAUGCAGACAGACUGGCGUGUGACAUGCCGCUGGUGGACAUGACGAUGUUGAAGUUCCGAGAACGAGACGCGAUGGAGGCCAUCUGUAAGUUCUGGCGUGACCCUGAGGUCAAGUCAUUCGACAUCGCCAAGUUCUGGGACGCCAGACAGAGGCGGUACCUGGAAGUCCGUUACGACAGUCGGAAGAACGUGUACGACUGGGACCGCACCAUGAAACUACACGAGAAGGACGCUAAAAUCCUGCAUGGUUCGGAGUAUAACCGAUGGAGAGAAUCAGGCGUGGCGUUCCAAGUCCGUGAGGGAGACUACACGGUGGGGAACCGUACACUGGCGUCUGGGGUGUUACUCAAACGGGAGGGAGAGAGGAUCCCUGCCCGGGGAUAUUGGGGGGACAUCGCGACCGGCCCCUUCAUCAGUCACGGGUUAGAGUCAGAGAACCAGGAUCUGUUCAAGACUGCCAACGGACUCCAUACUGGGUGCUGCUCAUUUGUGUCAGAGUACAACCUGCUGGCCAUGUUCCACGAGAUUCUGCACAAGGAGAGAUACGUCCCGCCUAAAGAGGAGAAGGACUCUGGGGAGAAGAAAGGAGCGACACUGACAGAGAUAACAGAGGAGGAGGAAGAAGAGGAAGAUGAGGGACCAGAGAAACCAUCUGAAACAUCAGGAGGAGGAGAUAGAGGAGAUGGUACAGCUAAGGAAGAAGAUCAAGGACUGAUCCCCUGUCCAGACUUCAAGGUUCACUUCCUGCCUCUGAACGCCUGUAGCGACAUCCCGCGCCGCAGUAAGUACGCCGGGCUGUUCGACGUGGUGUUCUUUGCCAGCGGCAUGGUCCACGGGAUCACUCCGGAGCUCAACGCUACCCUCGCGGACGAGGCUGUCAUCAUUGUAGAGACAGCAAAGUACUUGAUAGACCUGAGGAAUGAACAACUGGAGGAGUUUGGGAAAAAAGUUAACGAGAUGGCAGCUGCAGCAGGCUGGAAGCCCAUCUCUGCGUGCGACUUCACAAAGGAUGUGUUUGCAAAGUACCAGUUCAAGAGGAAUUCAUGAGCAAAUUGGAAAUGGAUUCGCUUUCUUCACUAUGCAAAAUUCUGUACAAACCACACAAUGUGACUACACUGCAGUCCAGGAAAUUUUCUUGCCUUGCAACUCUGUGACAAUCAAAAGAAUAGUUUGGAAUUUUAGUGUCAUGUUUUGCUGUAGCUGUACAUUAUUAUAUGACAUUCCAGGUAUCAGUAUCUCUAUCUGUAUAGCAGUAUAACUGCCUUUUGGUAUAACACACAGUAUCAUACGGGUGUAAUAUGACUUGGUUGUGUAAAAUGAGUUUUUUACUCAGUGACUUACCAACCUGAUGAAACUCUAAUAUGAAGUUUGAAGUUAGUAGAUGAGAUCUUGAUUUGAUAUCAUAUUUUGUACAACAAAAUGUUACGCAAAAAGUAUCUGACUAUUAUUAAUAAAUCAGACUGCAACGACAGGAUUGACUGAGAGAAAAUAGCUGUAAAUAGCAAUGUGACAGAAAAUAAAAAUUUC